AUGCCUCGCUCGUCUAUGUUAGGACUAUGGGCAAGCCUAGUCUGGAUUGCCCAGGCCGGCUGCCCCUAUGCAGACCCAGCAGCCUUGCGUCCUCGAGAGGAGCACACGGAUGAUUAUCUAGCACAAUUCUCGGUUGAUGACCAGGACAAGUUUCUUACAUCCGACGUUGGAGGUCCAAUAGGGGAUCAAAGAAGUCUGAAGGCUGGUGCGCGAGGCUCGACGCUUCUUGAGGACUUUGUCUUUCGUCAGAAAAUAACACAUUUCGAUCAUGAGCGUGUUCCAGAACGCGCCGUCCAUGCCAGGGGCGCAGGCGCUCACGGCACCUUCACAAGCUAUGGUGACUUUAGCAACAUCACCUCGGCAUCGUUUCUGAACUCUGCUGGCAAGCGGACUCCGGUGUUUGUGCGCUUCUCUACCGUGGCUGGCUCGAGAGGUAGUGCGGAUAGCGCCAGGGAUGUGCACGGGUUUGCCACGAGAUUCUAUACCGACGAGGGCAAUUUUGAUAUUGUUGGAAACAAUGUACCUGUUUUCUUCAUACAGGACGCUAUACAAUUUCCUGAUUUGGUUCAUGCCGUCAAACCCAGCCCAGACAAGGAGAUACCAACUGCAGCGACCGCUCAUGAUUCGGCUUGGGACUUUUUCAGUCAACAAUCAAGUUCAUUACAUGCUCUUUUCUGGGCCAUGUCAGGCUAUGGAAUUCCACGAUCGUAUCGUCACAUGGAUGGGUUCGGAGUCCAUACGUUCCGCAUGGUCGCCGACAAUGGCGAGUCGAGAUUGGUCAAGUUUCACUUCAAGACCAAGCAGGGCAAAGCAAGCCUGAUUUGGGAAGAGGCCCAAGUCCUGUCCGGCAAGAACCCCGACUUUCACCGGCAAGAUCUUUGGGAUGCUAUCGAGGCUGGCCACGGUCCCGAAUGGGAGUUUGGAGUCCAGGUUGUCAACGAGGAGGAUGCCCUGAGGUUUGGCUUCGAUAUGCUCGAUCCGACAAAGAUCCUCCCAGAGGAUCUUGUGCCUGUUCAUCCUCUAGGGCUUCUCAAGCUUGAUCGGAAUCCCAUCAACUAUUUCGCCGAGACGGAGCAAAUCAUGUUUCAACCUGGACACCUCGUCAGGGGUAUCGACUUCACCGAGGAUCCUCUUCUUCAGGGCCGGGUGUUUUCAUACCUUGAUACUCAGCUCAACCGCCACAAUGGACCCAACUUUGAGCAACUUCCCAUCAACAGACCAAGGGUCACCGUCCACAACAAUAAUCGCGACGGUUCAGGGCAGAAUUUUAUUCACAAGAACAUCCAUCCUUAUACACCCAGUGCCCUGAAUGAGUUCCCGAAACAGGCCGAUGACGACCAAGGCAGAGGCUUCAUGACCGCUCCUCGGCGCAGGACCCAGGACGCAGCGCUUGUUCGUGAGCUCUCCGAGACUUUUGAUGACCACUGGACGCAGCCGCGUUUGUUUUGGAACAGCAUCACGCCCGCCGAGCAGCAGAUUUUGGUCAACGCGAUACGAUUUGAGACUAGCAACAUCGUGAACACGCACGUCAGGCAGAAAGUCCUUCAGCAGCUCAACCGCAUUAGCGACGAACUGGCAGGGCGUGUUGCUCAAGCACUCGGCAUGGAGGCGCCCGCUCCCGAGCCAGCUUUCUACCACGAAAAUACCACUAUAGGCUUGUCAAUUUUCGGCAUCAAGCUGCCCACGAUCAAGACGCUCAGGGUGGGCGUCCUUGCCAGCACCGGAAACGUCGCGUCGCUCUCGCAGGCAGCUGACCUCAAGGCCCGAUUCAUGGGCGAUGGUGUCGCGGUCGCGGUGCUAGGCGAAACACAGGUUGAAGGUGUCGACGUCACCUACUCACAAUCCGAUGCUACAGUCUUUGAUGGCAUCAUCAUUGCGGCCGGUGCCGAGGGUCUUGUCGCCAAGGAUGCACCGGCGUCGGCACUCUUUCCCAUAGGCAGGCCACAGCAACUCGUCGUUGACAGCUUCAGAUGGGGCAAGCCUAUUGGACUGGCCGCAGCUUCGGACGACUCGGCGAACAUUUUCAGCAGCCUAGGAACGACUGGCCCUGGUGUCUUUAGUGGCGAUGACCUCGGUGUGCUGGUCACCGAUUUCAAGGAGGGGCUGUCGACAUAUAAGUUUGUUGAGAGGUUCCCGAUGGACUCGUGAUCGGGGAGGUCUCUUGGGUUGUGCUGGGGACUCUGACCAGCACUAACAGAUUAUUGACAUGCUGUAUACUAUGUACUUUUCUUCUUCUUUUGCCAGUUGCUUCCUUGUUUUGAACUGGCCCUUGAAAUUUUUCGUUUGUAGUCUCGCGGUCUUCCUCAUAUAUCCCAUUGAGGACAUGUUUCUUG